CUCCGAUCGUUUCCGAAGUUCCGAAGAGAUCAAUCGUAAUGUCAGGUGUACACAGCGCUGUCUGUCCUAUAUAUUUGUAAUGUGACACAGAUAAAACAGAUACAGCUCAGCGGUGGAGCCUACAGUAAGCUUCGCGAACGCCAUGACGCUGGAGCCAUAGAUGCAGUGAGAGGAUGUUGAAGCGAGAAUGGCGCCCCUUCCUAAUCCUGAUCGUUGUCUGUGUGUGUAACUGGAAUUUACCCUCGGUGUAUUGCUUCCGAUUUAACAUGGACAGGUGCCGGAUUUGCUCUGAUAGGAACGAUGUCAGAUGUCGUAUGCAGCAGAUGAAUUUUAAUUGUUUCCCAGGAUACGACAAGGACAUCUGGAAGAGUCAGAAAUGGCCAGGCUCUGCUCGAGAUCUCCGAGCUCAGGUGAACCGCAAGGAGAAUGGAAAAUUGAUGGUGGCAGACUUUCGAUGGAAACCCCCACAUGACUCCUCUGUAGAUGAACUGACCGGGUUCCAAAUCCAAGUCAAUGUUCAAGAAGACACAUCCAUUUCACAUCCCGUCUGCUUCUUUGCAAAUCUCAGUGGCACAAACUGGACGCAGCUACCGAACAUACAUGAUAUUGAUUUCGUCUUUAACUGCGUGGAGUCCUCAGAGAUUGCCAAAGUGACUGUGUACGUCACUAGCAUCCCAAUGCCCAGCAAGAAGCACAAACGAAUCGCCGCUGAGCUGGUCAUGAUCCCAGGUUAUUCAUGGAAGCCAGAGAUUAGGAUAUGGACGACGCUUAGCCACAACAGCUAUCAAGUCCACCUCUGGUUCUCUCCCUUGUAUCCAGGGGCUGAGUACCAUAAAGUACAGCUUCACAGUGAUCGCCAUGAAAACAGUACAGACCUACCAGCACCUUUAGGAAACUUCACCUUUGAAAAUGUGCCUUGUAAGAAGAAUUACACAAUUCAAAUUAGACCAUAUGACAAUCAAAUGGCUUUAUUAGACCACUAUUUUUCAUCAAAGACUGUUGCAGUUGGAGACUGUGUGGCUACUGUCAGCCGCCAGCCAGAGCCGGUGGUGUCCAAGUUGGUCACCCUCGUCAGUAUUCCUGUUCUCCUGGUGGUGGUUGGCACCAUCACUGGUUUCUUUUUCUUCAGAAGAGAUAGUGUUGACUGUAAACUACGAAGACACUACAGCCCAGCAGAUAGCAGCGAAACAACCCCAAACAACGCAGACUGUACCAUAGUAUUACCUGUGUUUUGCGAUGACAGUCUACAGCUCAGAAACGCUGUCCUUUGUUUGAAAAAUCUAAUACACGCCAUCAGAGGAUGCAAGGCCCAGUUUGCAGAAGAAAACCUGAUGGAAGGUUUCUCAAGUGAUUAUCUAAAAUCUAACAGCUUCUAUCAAGUGGCAAUCAUAUCUAGCAAAAGCUUAAUUCAAAUCUAUGCUGCCCUUGAGAAAAAUCGAUCUCAAGUUCCCAGGCAUUUACAUGUUCAUAAUAAUGAAAAUCUUUCAAGAGAAAGUCAGGCUUUCUUGAACUGUGUUUCGUCCUUGGAUAAUAUCCACACCGCAGUAGCCUCAAAUCAGCAACGAAUUAGGAAGCCCAUCCUUAUUUCAUUUUUCCCAGAUAUCGAGACAACUAUUUUAAAUCCAGACAUUCAAGAACAGUUUGUGUUGUCUGAUGUAGUUGAUAUGAAUGGCAAUGUCCAAUGUAUUAUUAGAGAUGCUGAAAUCCGUAAAUUGGUCAACUUUUUACAUGAUAACGACGAAACUCUACUUCAUGAGGAAUUUGCUUCCUCUAGGCCGGAAGCUCAGGACUUAUGUGAAGCGCUCCGUAAUUUGUAUAAAAUGGAAAUGAGAAACAUACCCAACAAAAGAUUAGAGGAGUCCAUUAAGACAUUUAUUGGGGAGGAUGAAAGUGAAAGGCGCUUGGUUAACAAUCGGGAGACGGUUAUGAACUAUCAUAUAUCAGCUCAUGGGGACAACAGGUGUAUUGAUGUUAAUCCUGCAGUUUGGCCAAUGUUGCAGCGUAACCCAAAAGAAACGGUGUUUGAUCCAUAUGACAUACAGUUCCACCAUCACACAUACAUGGAGGGCGAAUUCUCGCUUCCCAAUUCCAGGAUUCACCCUGACAGCGGAUAUGUUUCAUUGGUUCAGUCCGAUCAGGAGCGAUGCUUUUUCACUGUAGGUAAUGUAGCAGAUUUUAUCCCUCCCCUGGAGUCGGAUACUGACAGUGUCGACAAUCAAUCUCUUUGCCAAAAAAUGUUGGAGUUUAAUCAACGAAAUUUGACGAAGUGGAAUGCAGUUACCAGUUAGGUUGUUAUCAGUUCAGUCAUUAAAUGAUGACAUUUUGGUGGUUUUAGAGGUAAACUCGGGCAUUAUGUCAAAUACUUGUUUUAUAAUUCAAGUUAUGUCUUGAAUUUUUUGAGCAUUUUAGUUUUUAGUAUUGUUAUUUGUAAUAGUUUUAUACCUUUUAUUGGAUUUAGAACAUGAAAUAAGCUGAAAAAGAAGGAUGUUUCAUAAAUAUAUCUGAGAUAAUUUGUAUGUAAAAGGGCAUUAAUAUACAUUCAGAUAUAUAGAAGUCACCAACUGAUGUGUAUCAAAAGUUUUUUGACAAGGUACUUUUAAAUUUUAUUUUGUUGUCACAGUAUUUAUAAAUGUCUUUGUUUUUUAUAUUGUAUGUCUUUGAUGUUGUAUUUCAAUGAAUUUGUUUGUAAAGGAUAACUCUCCAAAGUUUUCUUACAAUUGAUACAUACACUGUAGUAUGGUAAGUUUUAUAUCACAUGGUUUACAUACAUUCCAUGCUCUUACUGGUUAUUUUAAUUUUUGUUAAAGAGUGAAUUUUGUUGACAUUAAAGAAUAUUUUUAAUUUUGUUUAAAUGGGCAUUAAUGAUUUUGUUAUUGGUUUGCAUACAUGUAUUUUUAUGCUUGCCAUUAAAAGAAAUGAUACAUGUAACUUGCAUUUUAUGGUUGUAUUAUAUAUGAUUAUUUUGUAGCUUGGCAGAGCUCAAUUAUUUAUAAAAGUAGAUUUUUCUGGUGCAAUUAUUUUUAAUGAUAUAUUUUGAUUUUUUUUUGUUUCCCAAUGCAAUCAUAUAUAACAAUUAUUUUCAUUCCAAAUGCGCAUAUUUGGGAAUAAUUUUGGCGCUUUUACUUAAAAUGACGAAUAUUUUUUAUGACGUGGUAAAUUUGCGUAUUUUUAUAUUAUGUUAUAAUCCCAUGCAGACUAUCUUAAACAUUGUUGAAACUUUUUGUUAUAACUCUUUAAAACAUUCUUUAAAAAGAGCAGAAUUUUUAUUCUAAUGCUGCUCAUCCUAUCUUAUUUUUACAAGAAAUCCAUAACUUUUACAUUUUUGAUAUAUAUCUUGUGAAAACAUUGAGAGUUUGUGUUUACAACAUAAAAGGCUAAAGGCUUAUUAAAACUUGAAAAGCUUUCUUACACAGACUAGUAUAUUAUUACUUAUUAGGUUAGUUACUGACUCACUAUUUCCGUAGUGAUUCAGUAACUAGCCUAAUAAGUGUCUUGUUUUCCCGAGGACUAUCAAGCGACGUAUAUAUUCACAAAUAGCGAUGAAGCCAUGUACAAGAUGCCUAACAUCUCGUCCAAUUUAACUCAUUUAAACUCUUCAAAAUUUUCAAUCUCACCUUUCAAAUACUCUUUAAAAAUCCUUGCUUCACACAUGUUUACAUACAAUGUUUUGUUGCUAUUCAAUUUAAAAUGUUUUCUCCCUUUCCUCUGCAGAGAUUUGAGCAAAUUUCGACGCUGCCAUUUUGUUCUGCUCCAGACAAAACAAUGUGACGUCAAUAUUCAAAGAGCAACUACUCUAAUUUUAAAAAAUUUCAAAGGGCAACUACUCCAAAUACUUUGAGAACUUAUGGCAUGUGGUUUAUGUUAAAAAUACUAUGAAAUGUCGAAAUGAGUAAGCGAAGCGUCGACCAAUGACGGCCAUAUUGCCAAAUAUUAUUUCUCAGAACAAAUAUAGAGAUAUAUGAGGCAAUCACGUGCUAUGUUUAAACCAAUGAAAAUGUGACAUUUCAGUCCAAGGGAAAACACAUAUCUAUUCUGCGCAUUUAUGUUAUUUCUUUUGUUUAAUGAUUUGAGAGAAUAAUUUUUAAUUCUUUUUUCAAAUUAUAAAGAUGCAUGCAGGUGUAUAAUUUGUAAUAAGUGAUAUUUAAUCUUGGCGGUUCUAAUUUAGAUUUUUCAAAUCACUCUUAAAUUUUUUUUCUACAUUAGUUCACAUGAUAUGCUAUUGAAAACAUGGUACCUUUAUAUUUAUUGAAGACAUAACGAAACAAAGUAAAACAGUCUUAUCAUACAUGUAGUUAGUUCCAAAAAUUCUAUGUUUAAUUUAAA